AUGCCCUCGCUGUUUAAAGAAGCAGUCCAGUUGCCAAACGGCCCGUUGCAGAGCAAGCCUUUGGAGCUGCUGCAAGCCUAUGAGGCGGGGCAGCGCUCGCAAGUCUUCCUUUGGCUGCUUUCCGUGGCCGUGUUUGCCGCAGCGGCGGCCCUUGUGCUUUGGCUCCGCCGCGGCCGGGAUGGGGUCCGUGGCCCGUCGCAGGUGGAGGUAGACCUGGAGGCGGGCGUCGAGCCGUUGCAGGGCCUCGACAACGUCCCGAAUCUCCCGCCCGGCUUGACGGCGGAAGUGGACCUGGAGGCGGGUCGCGACAGCGAUGAGGAGGAUCCAACUGCACGGCUCAGCGGCGAGGAGGCCGAGGAGGACCUGGAGCCUUCCGAGGCAGCUGAGGCUGAAGCGCCACCCGGCCUGGGCUUCUGCAUGCUGCCGCCCUUGGCGUUGGGCACCUGGUUCAUCUUGAUACCACUGCUGCAUGAAACACGCUGA